GACACUGGCCAAAAUGGGCCGCUACGGCUGUACAGGAUUUUGUAUAAAAUUGCCAAAGAACUUGGAAACGACGAGUUGGAAGAGCUGAAGUUUCUGUGUACUGGCAUAAUCACUGCCUCAGCAAAGGAACAUAUUGACAAGCCGCUAAAGCUAUUCACAGAGCUCAACAAAGUGGGCAGGAUUACAGAAACUGACUUCAGCUUCCUUGAAGUCCUUCUGGGCGAAAAGGAGGGAAUAGGUCGCCAAGACCUCUUGACUCUACUCACAACGCUGCGAAAUGAGCAAAACAUACAACAGCAAACACCACCAGUUCAGCCCUCCUCAGCAAACCAGUUUCAACAGGUUCCUGAUGCUUCAACAGGACAGCAAACACAACAAGCUUCGGCAAACCUCACAACAAAUCGUAAUGCCCCAAAUGCUGCUGGUCAGAAAUUGGCACCUUUCCAAAAUCUAGGAAAUGUCCCACCUGUAGCACUGCCACCAAUAUCAUCACCCCAGCAUGCUGAUUCGCCACCGAGUCCUCAACAAAAUACCGGCCUGUCAGCCCCAGGAAGGAGUGCCCCACAUCAUGGUCUCACUGCCAGCCCUCCCACUCCACCAGACAGCACCAUCCCAAAGUGUGCUCCCAACUUUCCUGCAUCUUACCAAACCCCUCCAAAGCAUCCCCGAUGCCAUGGGGAAGCGCAGUCGCAAGAGGAAGGUAAGCAGACAACCAUGCAGGAAAUGAGACAGCAGUGGGAGCUUACUGCUGAAACCCCAAGAAGCAAGCCUGUAGGUACACCUGGUAUCCCCACAUCUCCCAAACAGUUCCAUAGCCCUGACACCGUGGGUAGUCUUGACAAAGCCCCCACAUUAACCGAGCUCCAUCAGCAUGCUCACGAUGCUACAAAUGCUUUACACAGGAUGAAGCAUGAACAGGAAGAGAUCCAGAAUGAAGAAAAGAUGACAAGUGUAGCAGAGAUUCAAGAGCAGUUAGAUCAGCACCACCUUCCAGACACAGUAGGCAGCAUGGACAAGACCACCAGUCACAUGGAGUUACAGCAACAGCUCCAGGCAGCACAGGUAUCUGCAGCUCCUGCUAGAAUCCACCAGGGGGCAGCGCCAAAUGAAGGAGACGAUCAGUACCUGAUGGAGGUGAACAAACAGUGGGAACAGGGACAAGCCAUGACCUCACCAAAACAGGCUGGAAUACUGCUAAGAACACCACCACAACAACACUCUAACAACAACAAAAGCAGCACCCCCACCAAGUCUUCCCCUAGUCGACACCUAGAUGAAGAUGUAGUAGAAGAUUCCCCGAGCAACCUACAGGAUGUCAAUGAAGCUGCAUCUCCCCAGGGGUAUAGGACAGUCCACAAUAUCACUUACCAGAGCCCAAGCAGCAUCAGUACCAACAUUGGCCAAUCUCCUAUCCUCAGCAGUGGCAAGUCAGAAGACCUGGAAGUUGACUCGCCCACCAAGCCUGAAGAACUGGAGACAGGCCCAGCAGUCAGACCCAAAGUAAGGCCCACAUCUUCUCCUCACUCUGAUACUGCUAGGAGAGCAAGUCCAAUCCAACAAGAUGUGGCACAAGAAGACAUGCCGGAAGGACAGUAUUCUGGAAAAGUAGCAUUGAGAGAAUACCAGAAGGAGUUGGCCAGAUCUGCUCUCCUGGGGAAGAAUGCCAUCAUCACCUGUGCUACAGGCAGCGGUAAGACCCUGGUCAGUGCAUUAGUAGCCGAGAGAGCCUGGAGUGAGGCAAAGAGAAAAGAUCUCCCCUUCAAGGCCUUGUUCAUCGUGCCCAUCAGAAACCUCACCAAGCAGCAGAAGGACCAGUUUGAGAUGCUCUUCCCUCUGGGCGUUGUUCAAGAAAUCGGAGACACCGAAGAGCUCAGUGAAACACUGAAGAAAAGAGACAUAGUGAUGCUGACUGCACAGAUUGUGGUCAACUCGCUGAAGGCAGGAAGUCUCGAUCUCACUGACCUCGAUCAGCUCAUCCUUGACGAAUGUCAUCACACAACACUCGACCAUCCGUACAACCAGAUCAUGCGCUACUAUCUCCUGAAGAAGGCUGAGCUUGCACUGGCCAAUCCCCACCAGAAGAGUUUACCCCAGGUUAUCGGCUUGACAGCAUCCCUUGGUGUGGGCGGGUCGGGGAAUGCUCUACAGCACCUGAUCGAGCUGUCCGCCAGCCUCGACGCUUCUCGCGUUGACCACGUGAAGGAGAACAAAGAUGAACUGAGAAGGCACGUGUUCACCCCAGAUGCCAUACACAUUCUGUCGGGGCAGCCUCGCAAGCCACACGACCCGUUCAGCACGGCGCUGGACAGCCUGAUGCAGAGGCUGGAGAGUAAGGUGUUCCCAGACACCUGUCCGUACGACCGUGGCACCCAACAGUGUGAGAACUGGAUAGUGGAGAGGGUAAAGGAGGCUGAAGCUAAGACCAUGAGAAACGAAUUGAUCGUGGCCCAGUACCUCUUUGACUUUAACAGGGCACUGAGGCUGUUCACCAAACUGCGGGCUGCGGAUGCGAUCGCCUUCCUGGAUGAGAAGAUGUACCAGUCCCGUGCAGAACUGAAGGGGCCUCCCAAACUGCCAAUAGACAAGUUCUGCUACCAGCAGUUUGACCAGAUCAGAGAGGAACUUUGUGUGUAUGCAGAGGAGGAGGAAACCCAGUUCCCCAACCCCAUGCUGCAGCAACUCAGGAGUCUGCUCAUCCAGAAGUUCAAUGAGCCAGAAUCCUAUGGUAUUGUGCUAACACAGCAGCGCAGGGAGACCGAGGCUAUUGUCCAGUAUGUGGAGGAACAGGAUGUGCUACAGGGGAAGAUGCGUGCCAAGCGCCUCGUGGGGCAGGGCAAGCUAGAGGAUAAGGCCAUCACUGAUGCCCAGCAGAUGGCAGUGUUGAAGAGUUUUAGGAAGGGACUUUCAUCUGAGGAUGGCUGCAAUCUGCUAGUUGCCACUGACGUAGCCCAAGAGGGUUUGGACAUGCCAAAGUGUAACUUUGUCAUCCGCUAUGACUUUGUGUCCAACGAGAUUGGGUCUGUGCAGGCCCGAGGCAGGGCACGCGCAAAGGACGCAGAGUGCUACCUCCUGGUAACUGCUGGUUCCACCAAUGAAAGGAGAGAACUAGAGAACCAGGAAAAGGAGGCAUUCAUGAUAGAGGCACUUAACGAGAUGGACCAACUAACUCAGGUGGACUUUGACUCCAGAGUCAAGGCAGAACAGGCUAAGCAAUUGGAAAAUUGGAAAGUAAAGCAGAAGAACAAGUCCACCAGAAGAAGCCUAUUUGAAGCCAAAGAUGUGAAGGUGUACUGCAGACAAUGUAACCGUGCUGUCUGUGAUGGCACUCACAUUGUACAUAAGGGCUCCAACUACAUUUGUAGGGAACCCUCCCUUCCUGACAAAUGUGAAAUAGUAUGCAAGAAACCGCAAGUGUAUCGGACAACAGACAAUAUUGGUCUUCUCUUCUGCGGCAACCCAACCUGCAGAAACCAGUAUGGUCCAAUCAUCAAGUACAAGAAAGGCCAGGAGGAGACUGCCUAUGGGAUGAAUGUGAAGAGCUUCCUGUUUGACUUUGGUGAUGGAGAGCUCAGGGGUAUCGCCAAGUUGUCCAAGGCUCCUUUUGACAUCACUGAGGAACUCUAUGAAUAAAACAGCAUCUGAAGGACAUCUCAUCAUUGAUUUAAGGACAGAAGAGGGC